AUGGAACAAAUACGGUUAAUUAAGGCCAAAUUGAAUGGAUUAGACCACAGAUGCAAUAAAUUACGCCUUGCUAUUGAUGAAAUGCAGGCUUACAGUUAUCAGUACAACAUCAAAAUCUUUGGCUUGCCAACUUUCGCGGAGCAAGAGAACACGGAGUCGACGGCUAAACUAUGUUUACAGUUGUUUCAGUCAAUGGGAGUAAAGGAUGUUUCCAUGCAAGAUAUCGCCAUAGCCCACCGCGUUCCUGAGUGUAAAGCUUUAUGUCGACCGAACCCCAUAAUUUGCAAGUUUGUUAGGAGACAAGUCAAGGAAAGAGUGAUGGCAGCACGGAAAGAGGUUUCCAAAGUCGCCCCGAGUCAGUUGGGUUACGGCGAUGAAGUGUCAUUAUCACACCUUGGUAUUUACGAUCACUUAUCUCUGCUUAACCAAGCACUGUUAACCGAGGCAAAAAAGGUUCAACAAGCUAAGGGCUUUUUAAAGUAA